CAGCUCAGUUUGUUGACUUUCACGGUCCCGUCCCCGCGUUACUGGCCCGCGGCGUCCUCCCGCCGAGGUCCCGAUCGGUCGGCGUCCUGCAAUGUCUGCCCCAGCGACAGAGGGCGGUGGGCCUUCGGAUGAGCUGAUCUUCUAUGUGAAUGGCAAAAGGAUAGUGGAGAAGAAUGCUGAUCCGGAGCAGACAUUGCUGUCUUUCUUGAGGAAAAGACUCCGUCUCACAGGUACCAAGUAUGGUUGUGGUGGAGGUGGCUGCGGAGCAUGCACUGUGAUGAUAUCAGCAUAUGAACGUAUUACCAAGAAGAUUGUACACUAUUCAGUCAAUGCCUGCUUGAUUCCUGUGUGUUCACUCUAUGGCACUGCAGUCAUCACUGUGGAAGGUGUUGGAAAUGCAAAAACCAGGAUACAUCCAGUUCAGGAACGGAUUGCUAAAAGUCAUGGAUCUCAAUGUGGCUUCUGCACCCCUGGAAUGGUGAUGUCCAUCUAUGCUUUGCUGCGCAACCAAGUUGAACCUACAUCAGACCAAAUAAUGGAAGCCCUAGCUGGUAAUUUAUGCCGCUGCACUGGUUACAGGCCUAUCAUUGAUGGUUGUAAAACCUUCUGUAAGGAACCAUUUUGUUGCCAAAGUAAAAAGAAUGCGGGAUGUUUCUUGGAUCAGGAAGAUCAUUUAUCUUUGUUACCUAGUGAGGACGAAAAGAUUUGUACAAGACUGUUCUCUGCAGAAGAAUUCCAGCCCUUGGAUCCCACCCAAGAACUUAUAUUUCCACCUGAACUCAUAAAAAUAGCUGAAAAUCAGACAGUACAAACUCUUACUUUCCACGGGGAAAGAACCACAUGGAUUUCUCCUGUAAAUCUACAGGAACUUCUAAAACUGAAAGCCAGGUACCCCAAGGCACCUCUCGUCGUAGGGAAUACUUGCGUGGGAGUUGAGAUGAAAUUUAAAGGGGCCUUCUAUCCCCUUCUUAUUUCGCCCACUAGAAUACUGGAUCUGCAUGUGGUGGAACACACAAAGGAUGUACGCAAAGUCCACAAGUCGUGUGCAGAAGCAGAACUCUGCCAGCACAGUGGGCAUGUGGGCAAAUCUUUUGGAGGCAAUAUCAUAAGCAGAAGUUCAACAUCGGACAUCAUCCCUUGUCUAGCAGCUGGCAACUGCAUCCUCAAUGUGGCAUCACAAGGGAGAUUGAGACAAAUUCCUUUGAGGCACCUUUUUGCUGAUGGACUUGGAAAAAAUAGCCUUGAACCAGAGGAGGUCCUAGUGUCUGUCCAAAUUCCACAUUCCAGGAAGGGUGAGUUUGUAUCUGGGUUCCGACAGGCCACACGGAGGGAAAACGCCUUACCUAUUGCGAAUGCAGGAAUGAGGGUCCUUUUUGAAGAUGGCUGUGACAUCAUCAGGGACUUGAGCAUCUUUUAUGGUGGGAUUGGUCCCACUACAGUUGCUGCAACGCAAACAUGCCAGAAGCUCAUUGGGAGACUGUGGGAUGAGCAGAUGUUGAAUGAAGCUUGCAGAGCAGUAAUCAAAGAAAUCCUUCCAAGCUCAGUUCAGGGGGACAAAGUAGACUACAAAAGAACUCUCCUUGUUAGUUUCAUCUUCAAAUUCUACCUGGAAGUGCUGCAUUCAUUGAAAACCAUGUAUCCCAGUCAGCAAACCGAUAUCCCAGAAAAUUAUGCAAGUGCCCUUGAAGAGUUUCGCACCAAAAUGCCCCAGAGCAUGCAAAAGUUCCAGUGUGUGGAGCCAGCUCAACUUGCCCAAGAUCCGGUAGGACAUGCAGUCAUGCACCAGGCUGGUAUUAAACAUGCCACAGGGGAAGCUAUUUAUUGUGAUGACAUUCGUGCUAUGGAUGAAGAACUCUUCUUGGCCCUCGUAACCAGUUCUAGAGCCCAUGCAAAGAUUGUAUCAAUUGAUGCUUCAGAAGCCCUCAAGAUGUCAGGAGUAGUUGAUAUCAUUUCUGUUCAGGAUGUCCCAGCCACUAAUGAGUUCUAUAAUUAUGAUGUCCCAGAUAUUGUAUUUGCCAGAGAAAAGGUGACCUGUGUGGGCCAAGUUGUCUGUGCAGUAGUUGCAGAUUCAGAUGUUCACGCAAAGCAAGCCACUGCUAAAGUGAAGAUAGAAUACGAACCCCAAGAGCCUGUGAUCCUGACCAUAGAGGAGGCAAUACAGCACAAUUCAUUCUUUGAACCAAAGCGAAAACUAGAACAAGGAAAUGUGGAUGAAGCAUUUAAAGCAGUUGACCACAUACUUGAAGGUGAAUUCCAUAUCGGGGGGCAGUCACACUUUUACAUGGAGACUCAGAGUGUCCUUGUCGUCCCCAAAGGAGAGGACAAAGAAAUGGAUGUGUACACAUCAACCCAGCACCCAGCAUAUGUACAGGAAAUGGUGGCCUCUUGUUUAGGCAUCCCAGACAAUAGAAUCAUGUGUCACGUGAAGCGGAUUGGAGGGGCUUUUGGUGGAAAACUACAGAAGACAAGCCUGCUGGCCUGCAUUGCUGCCGUGGCAGCUAACAAGACCGGCCAUGCAGUUCGCUGCAUUCUAGACAGAGGCACUGAUAUGCUGACCACUGGGGGCCGGCAUCCUUUCUUUGGCAAAUACAAAGUUGCAGAGAUAAUGCUGCUGAAAAUGGACAAUGCUUACAAGGUGCCAAACAUCCGAUGUCAUGCCCAUGUGUGUAAGACAAAUUUGCCAUCCAACACCGCUUUCCGAGGCUUUGGUUUCCCACAAGGAGGAUUGUUUACUGAAGUCUGGAUGACACGGAUUGCAGCCAGAUGUGGUUUAUUACCAACACAGAUUAGGGAACUGAACAUGUACAAAGAAAAUGAGCGGACACCUUAUAAACAGGAGCUGAAGCCAGAGAAUCUCCUCCGAUGCUGGAAUAAAUGCAUGGAGAAGUCUGCGUAUCACACCAGGAGAGCAGCUGUGGAAGAGUUCAACAAGCAAAAUUACUGGAAGAAGAAAGGUCUUGCCAUUAUUCCCAUGAAGUUCCCGGUUGGUUUUGUCACACGCUUCCUCAGUCAGGCUGCUGCGCUGGUUCAUCUGUAUACUGAUGGGUCUGUGCUCCUUACUUAUGGUGGUGUAGAAAUGGGACAAGGACUUCACACCAAAAUGAUCCAGAUUGCUAGCAGAGAGCUACAAAUGCCAAUGUCAAAUAUUCACUUCUGCGAAACAAGUACAACAACAGUUCCUAAUGCUUGCGGUUCAGUAGGCUCUAUGGGAACUGAUGUCAAUGGAAUGGCAGUUAAGGAUGCUUGCCAGACUCUUCUGAAACGUCUUGAACCCAUCAUUAGUCAGAACCCCAAGGGCACCUGGAAAGAAUGGGCUAAAGAUGCUUUCGAGCAGAGUAUUAAUCUCUCCGUUACAGGUUAUUUCAGAGGUUAUGAAGCAAAUAUGGAUUGGGAGAAAGGAGAAGGCCACCCAUUUGAAUAUUUUAUUUAUGGAGCGGCCUGCACAGAAGUUGAAAUAGACUGUCUGACUGGAGAUCACAAGAACAUCAAAACAGAUAUUGUUAUGGAUAUCGGACGCAGCAUCAACCCUGCAGUAGAUAUAGGUCAGAUUGAAGGUGCCUUUGUCCAAGGUAUUGGGCUUUACACAAUGGAGGAACUGAAGUUCUCCCCAGAGGGAGUUCUAUGCACACGUGGCCCAGAUCAGUAUAAAAUUCCCGCAGUUUGUGACAUCCCAGAACACUUCAGUGUCUCCCUGCUGACAUCUUCCCAACAAACAACAGCAAUCUACUCAUCCAAGGGCCUUGGAGAAUCAGCACUUUUCCUGGGCUGCUCAGUAUUUUUUGCAAUAUGGGAUGCUGUGGCUGCUGUAAGGAAGGAAAGAGGCUUGUCGGCGGACUUUAAGCUGAACAGUCCUCUGACUUCUGAGCGCAUUCGAAUGGCCUGUACUGACCAGUUUACUGCAAUGAUCGCAAAGGAUGAAAACAAGCCCUUGGAAUGAGCACUAGGACCUGGUGAAAAUUGCUGCUCAUCUGGCACUGAGCAUUAAAUAAGUUUGCCAACAAGAGACUGACGGUGGCGAAUUUGAUCUGGAAUGGUAAAAUCAUCUCAAUUGAAGGUUCGGGAGCCCUUCAAGAAGACACCCUGCAAGACUCCAAACUCUUUAUUUUAAAAAGCUUCAUAUUCCAGACUCCUGGCCCAUGGGCAAAAAGUCCUGGAAAUUGAGAUUGUUUGCUAAUUGAUACCAGGACAUCACAAUGCCUCUAAUUUUGAACUUGGUUUUGGAAGAACUAACAAAUAAUAUUAACCCUUUUUUCUGAAAUUAGGGUCUAGAAUAUUUCCUGAACUUGGAACUUUAUUUCUGAAAAUAGAACUGAAUUAUUUCAUUAUAUAAGUUUUUUCCCUCACUCUAUCUUCUGCAUUUGACUAAAUUUAGUUCUUCACAUGCCCAGAGCAAAUCAGUAAUCCCUCAGCUUAGCUUUAUGCAUUCAAGCAAGGUCAGAAGGAAGUAAAAAGGGGAGUUAGCAAUUUUGGCAUGGGUCAGUUUAGUGCUCCACUGCGAGUUAAAGGCAGGAGGAUUGAGGAUGAGUGAUAUUAUUUAAACAGUAACAUUAGAAACUCACUUUGUUAUCUUGCUCACUUUAUUUGUGGUAGCAGCAUUGUGCAUUGUAGUCCUUUUCGGCUGCAGUCCAAUCUAGAUGAACAGGGCCUCCAAACUUGGAGGCUGAAGAGCUUCCAGUGAAGAAUGGAAGUGGCAGAAGCAAUCUGCUUCUCUCUGCUCUUCCCACUCUUUUUCUCUAGACAGCCAUUUUCAGCCCUCUUGCCAAGGCACUGCAGAAGACAGAGGCUACUGUAUCGUGCUCUCUGCACUCCUCCCCUCCAUGUCCACCAAACCUGCCCUUUGCCCCUUCUCUGAGAUCGUGUGCCUGGCCUCAGGGCAGCACCCAGCCAUGGUUAUUUCUGCACUGGGAUGUGGAGGGGGCUGGUGCACAGAGGACCUCCUCCAAGGUCCGGGCUCUGUCUCCAUUCUUGGAUCAAAGAAUCCACAGUAUCUUGUACCCCCCAUAGGAUUGCUUCUUAAGUAAUCUUUAUAUUACAUUCUAUUUCAUGGCUGAUCAUAUAAUCACAGAAAAAGUUUCUAAUACUCAUAUAACCUAUUCUUAAUUUUUGUAAUUUUCUUAACUAAAACAUGCAAUGGAUUUCAGUGUGCAUUUUAGUCUGUGGGGAGGUUUGUUUAGCCCUAAUUUGGUUACCCACUAGGGUGUCUGGAACCCAAUUAGUAUAGGUUCUAAAGUUAAACAGCACUGAUUUAACAAAGUGAUCUCUACAUUUCCCUCUGUUUAAUUAAUGAAAGCAGUGCAGUUUAUUUCGAUCCUUGGUUUCUCCUGGGGAAUAUCUUGCUGCUUUCAUAUUUAUUUGCAUGGGAAACUGAUUCUUACUAUUUUCAGAUGGUUUGAAACUAAAGAGUUACAGUUUAAAGAGCCAGCAAUUCAGAUAUUUUCAAUCUAUGUAUAAAAUUCACUCUCCUAUCUCUAUUCUGCCUCCUUGCUUCCAAUGCCUUUUUCAACAGAUCAACUGAUUGAUUCCCUAACUGUCUAACAGUAUGAUUUAGCAAGAAUUCUCCAGCCCUUGGUUACAUCACAAUAUGAUAGACCGAAUAGAAUUUACAUACAUGCAGUUAGGCAUGUAUGUAAAUUCUAUUUGAGGGAUGAAAAUAAAACAGAUUUUCCCAGUUAAGCCCUGCAGAUUUCAUUCCAUGCCCCACAACUACUGGUGUUGAGCUAUUGGUCAGGCCAAUAUAUAGAUUCUGGUUUUUUUUUUUUGGGGGGGGGGUUAAAUGAAGACAAUGUAUGCAAAUUUUGAUUCACUUCCUACUUUAUUGCCUUUAAAUAUGAUCUAUGAUGAAAUAAAUCACAGUAUUGCAAGAAUUGUUAUUUACUGUCCAGAGACUUGGCUAUUGGUCAGUAUAGGAAUUGAAAGACAGACAGACAGACAGACAGACAGAAAGACGAAUUUUGCUGUGCAAAAUGUUUACAAGAUACAGUUAUUUUCUAUAAACUUCUAGGGAGUGUACAUUAAGAUUGGCCAUACUUCCUGAACAUGAAGCAUUGGCUAACAUAAAUUAAGAGCAUUAAAAUACUUCACAAAUUUGUCCAUGUAAGAUGGUUUAUGCUACUAUAUAGUUUGUGC